CACGUGCAAAUAUCCCGUAUAGAUCUCUGUAAGGCAGUGGACUCAUCUGCUUAACAUGGUUCAAAUUGUUGUUCGUAUGGGAGCGGAUGGUAGUGAAUGGGGGCUUGUGGAGUUGCAAGGGCAACUUGAUACAAAGGCUGGAGUUAGUUUGGAUGAAUUACACAUUGGUGAUCUACACUUUGAUGAAACGGGCAUUGCUCACAUGAUUAUCGGACAUCAUCUUCUGACUGGCAAAGUAGCGACCUUAGAAAAGCCUUUCGCUGUCAUCAGUCGAAAAACUGACGAAUUGAAGACAUCAUCAGAAGUUGCCAUGGAGACAGGAGACGAAACAACAGGAAAUACUGAAUACACAAUUGUAGCAAUGAUCAGGAGGAAGGUUGUCUUCAAAGUUAGACCGAAACCAAUUGUUAGUACGUUUUCAUCAAAGAUUGAGUAGACAAAUGUGCAGUGGAUCACAGCAUGUGUGUACAUGAGUAAUAGAUUUGUAAAUAUAAUUGGCGGGAAAAAUAAUUUCACUGACAACUAGAGUGUGCUAAUUAUCUAGAUCUAUUUGCGUCUUGCCUUUGGAGCAAUAGUUUAGUUAUUGUGCGGUUGGUGUACAUUGCAAUAUAUGUCAAUCGUUUCACUGUUCGUUGAUCAUGAUCAUGAUGCCUAGAGUAUUCCAAUGCGCACGCUCUCUCCACUCUUUUCUUGACAGAAUUUGAACAAACGAAAACUAGACUUGCAAACGUCUAAUUUAGAUACCAAAAACCUUUAUUUUGAUGACUCCG